CAAAAUUGUUUCUCUAUGACUUCAUGAAGAAAUAUAUAGGCAUAGACUAACUUGUAUUUUAGUUUUAUUAUUUGAUCAACGGAGUUGGGUUGCGGAGUUGCGGUGGUUACAGUCAGUUACUCAUGAGUAUCUAAGCAUAUAUAUACGUUCGUACUUUUGUGUAUUUUUUGAGUUGUUUUAAAUAAUAGCGUUUCAAUAUUAUUUUUAAUACAUUUAUAUUUCUACUAUAUUUUAUUACAACCCAUUUCUAUUUAAAAUUUUAUUAUAGGUAUAUUAUUAGAUUUAUUAUAAAAAAAAAAUAAAAAAUCAUCUUAAUUUAAAUGACAAAUUUACUUUAUGAAAAAUGUCUGUUUUUUAGGUGUGAUUUUAUUUAAAUUUGUUAUGUUAUUAAUAACGUUUAUGACAAAACUUUAGAUGUAAAAUAAAUAUAAAUAUAUAUAUGUGUAUGUAAGCACUAUUCGAAUAAUACAAGUUGUAUACAUUAAAUAUAUUCCAUUCACAAAGUGUGCUCACGCCAUUUUUUUGUUUAAAUUUUUGCAUAUUUUCAAAUUCUGAUUUUUAAAAUUUUUAAGUGUAAUUAAAGCUGAUAUUUUCGAAAACUUAGAUUUUUCAUAAUAUUUAAAAGUGGAAUACUCGUUAACGGGUUAACAGAAACCGAAAAUGUUGACACCUAAAUUUAUUAAAUUUUAAAUUUAUUUAUGAAAUUUUUAAUAUAGGUUCUCAUUUGAAAAACCAAAGUUGGUAUCGCCACAGGAUACUCCUUAAAUAUCGUGAAAAAUUUAAGUAUUCAAAAAUAUCUGUUUUAACUACACUUUAAAAUCCUAUAAUCAGAAUUUGAAUAUUUGUAAAAUUUAACCAAAAACAUGGGGUGAACACACUUAGUGAAUUAUAACUAUAACUAUAUAUAUAACAAUAAUAUAAUAACUAUAGGUUAUUACUUAUACUUAUAAUAAGUAAUAAUUAAUAUAACUAUAAUUACUUAUAAUAAUAAUUACUUAUACUUAUACUAAUAAUAACUUAUACUAUACUUAUAAUAAUAACUAUAGGUUGAGUUCAACUGUUCUACGAUAACAAUAUAAAUAUAUAUUGCUAAAUCAAUAAAUUUUACCAAGUAAAUUAGGUAUAAGAUAAAAAAAAUACAUCGAAUAAUCAAUUAUAUGAGUGUAAUACAAUACAUAUCUGUCAUGUUCUUUUGAGUUUUUUAUUGAACAAAUCGUAUUUGUAAAUGAUUUAAGUAUAAUUCUGUUACGCGAUUAGGAACUUAUGAGUGGAAAUUAAACACAAAAAUUCACUGCACCCGUAAGAUAUAAUUACCAACUUAUACUCUAAACAUAUAAUAUGUAUGUAUUAACUGCAGAUUACAUUGAUUUUUACUUUUUAGUGUAUCUAAUGAAAUUUACUAGAUAAAUAGGGAAUAAUAAUUGUAUUUUCGGCAUGUAUUUACAAUAUAUUUGUAAUUCAAUCAGGUAAAUCUAAAAAUUGUUUACGAUACUUAAACAUUUUUUUUUUCUUAGGUAUAAAAAUGGAAACAUUUAUUAUUUUUACGUUGUUCUUCGGAUUCGUUGUCAGUACGGAUAAUAUUUUAUUGCAAUUAAACCAAGGCUGGAUUAGAGGUGGUAGUAUGGUAUCCAGGAAUGGACGGGAUUUUAAAGCUUUUCAGGGAAUACCGUAUGCCAAACCACCGAUCGGUGAUCUUAGAUUGAAAGUAAAUCGUACUACUCGUACAUCUUAAAGAUGAUACAGUGAUAAUCAUUUAAAAUAUAAACGAGCAUUGUUGAUUAUAUAGGAUCCAGAACCAUUAAUUUCGUGGGACGUUGAUAUUUUAAACGCUACUAGUGAACCGAAAUUUUGUAUUCAGAAGAAUUAUAUCAGCUAUAUACCAGACUCAAAAGUGUCUGGCCAUGAAGAUUGUCUAUAUCUAAACGUAUACACUCCGAAGGUAAAAUCGAUUUAUUAUAUUAAAAACCUUCUUAAAAUAGUUAUAAAUGUUGUUAGGUAUAUCCUAAUAAUUAAACUGUUAUAUAUUAUGUAGAUACCAAAAGAAGAAGAUACGGAAUUUCUACCGGUUAUGGUUUGGAUUCAUGGUGGAGGUUAUUUCGCGUGGCAUGGAGGUUCAAGUUUUUUCGAUCCUCAAUAUUUACUAGACAAAAAUAUAAUUUUUGUUUCUAUGAACUAUAGACUUGGCAUUUUAGGUAAAUAAUAAUUCGCGAAAGAAAUAUAAUUCAGUCGGAUAUAUAUAUAUAUAUUUAAUUAAUUAUCAGGAUUUUUGAGUACUGAAGACGAUAAUUUGCCUGGAAAUUACGGUAUGAAAGAUCAAGUUUUAGCAUUACAAUGGAUCCAAAGCAAUAUUGAAAGAUUUGGAGGCGAUCGGCAAAAGGUUACGAUUUUCGGUGGAAGUGCUGGAGCCGGGAGUGUCGGAUUACAUUUAUUAUCACCGAUGAGCAAAGGUAAACGCAAUAUGAUAUAUUUUUUACUUUCACUGAACAGGAUAUUGCUUUUAAACAUGAUUUGUAGGAUUAUUCCAUAAAGCGAUAAUGCAAAGUGGCACGCCAUUGUGUCCAUGGGCCGUAUCUCCGCCAGGCUGGGCUAGACGGAGAGCUUUGUCUUUGUCCACUAUUGCCGGAUGUCCGUCGGAUCCAAAACUGUUAGCAGAGUGUUUGCGUAAAAUUCCCGCAGACUUAUUGGUGGAUCUUCAAUUCAAUUUUUUUGUAAGUAUUUAGUAAGUCUUAGUAAGUAUAUUUCAGUCAAGUUAAAUUAAAAAAUGUACAUAUUAAACUUUUGAAGGAAUGGCAAAUUUACCCCCCAGUAACGUUUAAUCCUGUGGUCGAAAAUUGCGAAAAUAAAAAAGGUUUUUUAUGUCAUUAUCCUUUACUGGAUUUUAAGCAAGAAUCGAACGUACCAAUUUUAAUGGGAUUAAACACUGCAGAGGGCGGUUUAAUUGCUUCCAGUGAGUGGUUGUUAUAACAUAUUAUUUUUUGUCUACAUGGUUUAAAUUAGAAAAAGUAAUUUUUUUCCGAAUUACGAAGGUGUUUAUUGAUUUUAAAUUUAUAUUAAUAUUAUGCUUUAAACAUUUUUUAAAACGGUACAAAAUGUAUAUGCCUACACAUUUUUAUUUUAAUAUACUACAAUACAGGUACAUUUUUUCUCUGCAGGAAUGUACGACGAAUCCUGUAAAUUUUCUAAAUUGCAGUUGAAGAACAAUUUCCAUAAUCUCAUUUCCUCGAUACUCAUGUACAAGUAUACAUCGAAAAUGUCUGAUAUUCCAAUAAUAGGAGACAAGAUACUUGAACAUUAUUUUCCUAGUAGAAAUAUAGACGAUCCUAUGAAAUUAGUCGAUGUAAGUACCAAUUAUCAUAAAUAAAUAGGUUAAUUUAAUUUUCAUUUUUUUAAUGUCAGAAGUACUUAGAUUAGUUUGUUGCAGUUUUCCAUGCCUAUUUGCUACCACUUGAUUCACAUAGAUUCAUUGUAUUUAUCAAUUUAUCAAUAUUCCCUGUGUAGUAUGUAUGUCCUUCAUUAUUUGAGUCAUAUACUUGAUAUAUUAUUCCGCCUUUGGUGCUCUUUCUAUUUCCACGGGUCCUUCAAUAUUCCUUUCAAUUAAUACUUUUAAUGAACUUUCUUGUUUUAAAAUAUGCCAUUAUUUCACUUUAUCUAUUCUGGACUGAAUACAUUUCCAUAAUUACUAUUUUCCAAAUUAUAUUCUGUUUAAAACUUCUUAAUUUGUAACCCAGUCUAAGGUAUUUUUUAGCAUUUUUCUAAAGCACUACAUCACUUUUGAUAUGUUUUAAGACUUUUUUUUUCAAUUUAACGAAUUGUUCAAAGUUUUACUUUCAAAUAACGUCAUACGUUAUAUAUAUAUAUAUAUAUAUAUAUAUAUAUGUAUAUAUAAACGUAUGAAAUGUUUCAACUAAAACAUGCAAUGUGAUGGUAUUGAUAAUGAGUAAUGACUAAUGACUAAUGAGUAUGUGAUUUUUAUCUUGGAUAGUUUUAUACAUAUUUAUUUAUUUUUUUUUUUUUUUUUUUGAGAAGUUUUUUGUACAAGAAUUUUAAAUAGAUUUUUAAGUUUCAUGAACUUAUAAUAAUGUUAUAGUCUUUAAACAGUUCGAAAGUGUAACAUUUUAUAUACCUAUAUUUAUUAUUUAUUUAUUUAUUUAAUAAUUAUACCCCCCCGGAGGGCAUUGGUAAAAAUAAACUAGUGUAGAUAUAAAGUAGAUAUAGAGAUUGAUAAUAAAUUGCGAAAAUAAGUGAACAGAGAGGGGUAAAGUAGUAAGACUAAGUUUUGUUGAACAGGCGUAACAUUUUGUGGAGAAGUUGGCCAAAAGUGGUGUUUAAAAGAAAGGACGGGUGAAAGAUAGAAUCCUACAUUUUUGAUAAGAUUAACACGCAGGAGAGAGUAACUACUAAGAUAAUAUAAGUGUAGUAUGGAGUUACGUUUCCUAGUGAAGGUCAUCGAGAGACAUUUGUUCAAGUAAGGAAGUAAGUUAAGUUGUUGAAUCCAAACGAUGAAGGCAUUCAGUUUAGCUUGUAAUAAGAGGCAGUGAACGGAAGAUUCGAUUUUACAAAAAAUUUUAGUGUCAUCAACAAAUAAGAGAACAUUAGCAAAAGAGAAACACUUAUUUAUUGAAUUAACAAAAAUGAGAAAAAGAAUUGAACAUAGGUGACCUCUCUAAGGAACACCGGAGGAAACAACUGAUAACUCUAAAACGACUCCGUUUAGGGUAACAAAUUGCCACGAUAUGUUAAAUAGGAUGAUAGCCAGGAGAUAAGCGGAUGGCCGAUACCAAGGAAGUCAAGUGUGGCUCAAAAAAGAAACUGUAUAAAAUUAGUAUCUUAACAUUUUUCAAAAAUACUAAAAUCAUAAGUUUUUUUUUUAAUUUUUUAGAAAAACAUGAAAAAUUAAUUGCAAUAUGAAUAUUUUUAGUUUUUAUUCCUAUGAAUAAUAUGAAAAAAUAGAAUUUGAUUAUUUUUAUUAUCUCCGGAGAUAAUACUAUGGGACUAUCUUCGUUGGACAUUCUGUGUACCAAUUUAUAAUCAGUAACAAUUGCCGCUUAUAUGAGCUCGUAUACCUAAUUAAAAAAUGACCUCCCUAAAUAAGUACCAUAUAGAUAAAAAUUGCUUCAGAAUAGUACUACUCUUGAAAAUCUAAGCAAGAUUUCUGGUGGAAAAAUUGUUUACAGAUAAAAAAAAUAAAUAAUAAACACCAUUGUAAAACCAAUUUACAUUCCUCAAUUCACUCAGAAUCUAAAAACUGAUAUUGUUGAUGGGUGUGCAUUUUUUUAGGUAGAAUACAUUUUUAUUUUAUUUUUAUUUAUAUAAAACUGGUCAAGCCCCAAAAUGUACUAUUAUAUUAAGCAUAAUAAAUUAACAUAAGAUUAUAAGGCAGAAUGGUACUCAUUAGCAAGACGCAUGUCGUUGUGGAUGGAGUGUUUACAACCAUAGUUUAUGGUAUGUAAAGGGAGUAAGGUUUCACAAGGAGCGUGAGGAAACUUUAAAUGUCAUUUGUCCGUGAAAACACACAUCAUAGUAAAAAUAAUAUAUUCCUGACAAUUUAGAAUAUGUACAUAAUUAUUUUAUAAUAUUCUGAAAUUCAAUUACAUAACGCACAUGAUAGGUACUAUUAUAACAUAAAUCAUGGUAAUAUGUUAGUUGGUUGGUUAAAUAAAUUAUAAUAUUUUGUUAGUUACACCAAAAAGUUCACAAAAAUUAAAAAAGUCCAACAUUCUCUAUUGGAAUGCUUUUUUUUAAGUUGUUGUGAACUUUAUAAUGCUAGCAUUCCGUGCCUAAUGUAACCUAACUUAAUCUAUUCGAAUAUGGUUAUUUUAGUAAAAUAUAAUUUUUAAACAUAAUAUGGAAAAUAACUAACAUUAUCGUUGAUCAGGUGAGUAAUAAUAAUUGGCAUGUCCUAUUCCGAAAAUCAUAUUGAAAGAUUUUUGUAUAUAUUUUAGAUUCUAGUAGAAAGAAGAAGCUUAUGGUUUUACAAAGAGGUUUAUUUUUUUUUCUCUAGACAACUUUUCUACUAGAAGACUUGAUAGAAGACUGAUAUUUAUGUGUAGCAACUUUUCUGAAAGAAAAUUGGUGUAGGAAGAUACUUAAGGAGAUCGUUUUUCAAUUUUCUUCGAUGUUUUCUCAACAAAUGUGAAAAACUGGGAAAAAACAUAGGAAACCGGGAAAAACGUAGGAAAACAGUGGAAAUCGGUACAAUUAUUAUUAAAGAAUUGUCUGUAUAGUUUAUAAUAAAGAGCCUACUUAAUUAUUUUACAAUAUUAUGGCAUAUAUAUUAUUGAAAAAGCAUCACUUUAAACUGAACUCCACUCAGAAUCGUUUUUUCGUAAGCAAUGCUGUAUCGUUGCUUACAGGUAUAUAUUAAAUCACCUAUAACAGUGGCUGCAUCCGUCCCCAUUAUCUUAGGACGUAAUUUUUAUUAUUAGUAUCGAUUUUGGGUGAAGCACGUUUGGGCCAUUAACAAAACUUCAACCCGUUUGGACUAGAAUUUAAUGAAUCUGUUUGGACCAAUACUUUUAAACUUUUAUGAAGGUUCGCUAAAUAAACGAAUGGUUAAACUACAGAAACUAAUUUUUAAAUUAUAUAACAAGUAAAUUAUUUAGGUUUACAUACAAUUUCUGUGUAUAAAUUUAGUUUUAAAACAUAUCAAAUAUCCAGUUAUAUUAAAUGUAUAUCUAUAUCUAUUAUCUUUAUAUUACAGAUAUCUAUGUAUCUAGAUCUUAUAUACGAUAAGAUUACACAAAUAAAAUACCAUUAUAUAAAGGCUCACUGAAUAAAAGUUCAGUUAAACUAAUAUAAGGACAAUUCUGAUCCAAACAGACUGUUAAAAGUAGUAUUUUUUAGCCCAAACGGGUCUUCAAAAUUGGUCCAAAUGGAUUCUGCUCAUCGAUUUUAGCCUCGUUUAAAAAUUAAAUUUAUCCUGCAAUGUUCUGCAAAUUCUGCAAUUUAAUAUCGAUUUUAGUUUUGAAUAAUAAAAUGUCGAAUACCAUAUUUAUUAUAAUACUAUGUAUAAUCAAAAUCGCUGCUUAAAUAUUUUAUAGACACUUAGAAUUAGAUAAUUCGUAUUAUUAAUAUAAAUUCAAAGUGGGAAUAUUAGGAAUAUUGAGGUUAGCUAAAAAUUCGGCUAUUUAUUAUAUUAUAUUAAAUUAUACAAUAGAUAUUCGAAGUGAAUUUUUCAGGAUCAACUUUGUAAAAAAAAUCAAGUAGGUAUAUUACAUUUUUUUAAUGUUUUUUAACAAUUUAUAGUCUUUACUUACAUAAUGAAUAACAGUCAUUAUCAUUAACGACUACACUAUAAUAUUAUAUAGAAACAUAAUAUUACUGACAGAUUAAUUGUAGUUUAGUUUUACAAAUUCUCAUAGAUGAUUUCCGGCGGUUUUUUUUUUCAAUGUUCAAUCAAUAUGGCGACCAGUCUAACGUCACCGGUACGUUUUUAUGUGUACGGCCAUAAAAACGAAUUCACGUUCAAUACGAUUUUCGGACCGUGUAACAAAUCAUUGGGCGUAUCGCAUUGUGACGACCUUAUAAGUCUGUUUGCAUUACCUGUAGCAAAGAAAUUAAAGGAGGAGGAUUUAAAGGUAUCAGAAUUAAUGGUUAACUUGUGGACACGUUUCGCUAGCGCCAAGUACGUAAUUUUUAGCGUUUGAUUAAUUAUUAAUAAAACAUAUUUUUUUUUUCGUAAUACAAAAUAAAAGUAUCGAGUACUUACUCACAAAAUAAUAAUACGUUGUUUUAAAUAAUUAAAACCCUGUUUCAGGAUAAUCACCGUGGAUGGCAAAGAAAACGGAAAUGAAUGGCCUCUGUUUGAUGCGAAAAAACAGAGUUUUCUAUUAAUAAAUUCGAGUAAUCCUGUCAUAACCGAGAAACUGUAUAUGGACGAGUAUAUGUUUUGGAACGAUUUGCCGCUGUUAUCAGCGUUUAAGGGGUCCAAGAAUGUACUGAAAACUGAAUUUUAAUUAUUAAUUACAUGAAAAUAAUGACAUUUAAUUAAGGCUAGUAGAUUUUUGUAAAACACUACAGUGUACAAUUAUACUUCACAGUUUGCUUAUAUAAAUACCUUAAAUUAUUUGUUUAUUUAAUGUAGUUUGUUGUGAUCUAAUAUUCUGAAAGAAAUUAUUCUAGAAUUUCAAAAAUCAAAAUACAAAUAGAUAGGUAGAGGUAAAUAUUUCGUUUAUUUGAGUAUUUUGUAAUAUUUUUAGUUAAGUUCAUGGAUAUACAUAGGUACUUAUAUUAUGAUAUAUUAUACAUGUAUAUGUAUGUUAAAUAAAGUAUAUAAUAAGAAAGACGUCCUAGGGUAAUUUCGACAGGUGCAACCACUGUUAUAGAUAAUUUGAUGUAUAUCUGUAAGCAACGAUAAACCAUUGCCAACGAAAAAACGAUUCUGAGCGUAGUUCAAUUGAUAGUGAUGCUUUUCCAACAAUAUAUAUGUCAUAUAUGUUAAAAUAAUUAAAUAGGCAAUAUACAUUUUCUUUAAUUAUAUUUGUUUAAUGUUGUACUGAUUUUCCCAUUUUUCCUGGUUUUCCUGUGUUUUUCCCCGGUUUUUCACAUUUGUUGAGAACACUCCUGAGAAAAUUAUAAAACUACCUCCCUAAAGUACUUUCCUAAUCAGAUUUCCUUUCAGAAAAAGUGCUAUCAUUUUAAAU